ACUCCGAGUGCUAAACAUCACCCCGAAUCUAGCCAUUCAACCAAACCCUUAGAACUCUGCAACCAUGGGUAAAUCACUCCGAAACAAAGCUCAGACCAAAUCUCGUCGUCUCAAACGAUCCGAAUCGUGGUACGGUCAACACGACACGGACAGGAUCCAGCGUCUGAGCGAUAGGCUAUUGAAGCGCAAGGUCGAGCAGGACGGACCCGAGGGCGUCAAGCCCGAGGAGGUGAAGAAGAACGAGGAUGGGGACGAGAUCGUGAUCGAGGACGAGGCGAUCAAGGUGGAAGAUGAAGACAUGGACGCUACGACCACCCCUAAGAAGAUCUCCACCUCGGGCGAUCGAAUGUCCCGUCGAGAAGAAUGGCGAGUCUCCAAGGGCAUGCCGAUCAGGGGAGAACGCAAGGGAAAGAACAGGCAGGGAGGCGAGAAGGCCAGGAGGAGGAGUGGAAGGCCGGCUAGGAGAAGAUAGAAGGGCGGGAUAGGGUCAUGAGAUAGAGAUUCUUCGUUUGAGAAGGGGGGCCUCGGUCAUGUGGGAGGACGCAAAGGGGAAAUGGGGAGAUCACAUUAGGAUCUGGACCUCCGCUAGGAGCACCUGCACAUCUCAUCACCCCGUCAUUGCAGCCGGAACUUCGACUCCCUGUUCGCCUCGGAACCAAACCUUCCACUCGAUACGACCUCUUACACGAGCAUUAUCCGCUCAAGAUCAACACCAGCAUUAUCUUCGUCUUCCUCACACCUGUACCGACCUAUCUCAUUUAGACGCCCGGUCUCCUAGUCCUAGUUGUUGUAUACCCCAGCCUCUACCCUCAGGCACCCCCUUGGACUUUCCUGUUGGCUCAUCUUUUCACUGUUGUUGUG